UCACACAACACUCGGCUUGGCACAUUUGACCUGGUCCUCGGGAGCAGACGUGGAACAAGCAUUUUCGAUUUCUUUGCAGCUAUGGCAAUCUCGAGAUCCCCUAUUGCUGGUACCGAAUUUACGGUGAUCGCGUCGGCUGUAAGGAGGAUAGGGACGAGAAGGGCGAUCAAUGCUGUGCGGAUACGAUUGGUGGAAAGGAUAUCCAUCAAAGGACAUAUCAUAAUCAUCAGCAGGGUAAUCCUGAGCAUGAAUGUAUGAAGAAAGUAGCCCAAAAACAGCCAGCCGCCUCAGAAAAGAUUCCAUUCUAUUCCGUUGGUGGAGUAUACACUCGUGAUGAACACUCUCUUGGACAGAAAAGUUAAGUCGAUGCACCUCGCUGAUGGGAUGAGCGAGAAAAUCUGCGAAAAUGAACCAAUCCCGAAGGAUAAGCCAAAGUAA